AAUUCUUUGGAUUUUUGCUUUGUCAUUUCAGGGUGAAAAUGUUUUAUGACUUAAUAUAUACCUUUUGUGUGUUUAUAUGAGAGUAAAGCUCACCAGAUAGCGUAAAUACUGAAACAUAUGGAUGUCUGGUAGUUUAGGCCUAACGAUUCUGUUUUAUGCAUUUGGUACUUAAGAAUAAAGGGAAAACUUCGAAGGAAACGAUAACCCAAGAUUCUGGAAAGCAUGAAGGUCACGGUGACAACACUUGGAGAUGACAUUUUUACUUUGGAUGUAAGUGAUGACAUGGAACUAGUGAAUUUCAAAGCUCUAUGUGAAUAUGAGUCUGGAGUCCCUGCAACAGAAAUAGUAGUAACCUUUGAAGGACGACCCUUACUUGAUGAUAGACAACCAUUAAAAGGAUAUGGAGUGAAAGAAGGAGAUGUUCUGCUUAUCCAACAAAUUGUCCAUCAAAGACAAAGUGGAAAUCCGCAGCAAACUUCAGGUUUAACGUUUCCAAAUAUUGACUUUGGAAACAUUCACAUACCACCUGUGGGACAAAAUCAAAGAACACUAGAUACUGAGAACCAGAAUGAUCCUGCACACAUAAGAGAAGUAUUACUAAAUAGUCCAGAGCAGUUAGCCCUACUAAAGCAUAACAAUCCUCAUCUAGCUGAUGCCCUUCUCAGUGGAAGUGUUGAACAGUUUACCUCAGUUUUACAAGAACAACAAGAGCAACGAGCAAGAAAAGAACAACUUCGAAUUCGCAUGAUGAAUGCUGAUCCAUUUGAUGCUGAAGCCCAGCAACUGAUUGCUGAGGAAAUCAAACAACAGAAUAUAGAUUCUAACAUGGAAGCAGCUAUGGAGUAUCAUCCAGAGAGUUUUGGGCAGGUAGUUAUGUUGUAUAUCAACUGUAAGGUGAAUGGUCAUCCAGUGAGAGCCUUUAUAGACUCAGUGCAAAUUCAAAUUGAGAAUGACUUCCUGACAUCUUCUUUCUCUGUCUUGGAAGACCAGCCUAUGGAUAUGCUAUUAGGAUUGGACAUGCUCAAACGACAUCAA